GUUUGUAUCAUCUGUACUAUCUCUAGAUUGGAGUCCUAGAAACCAAUGCGUGUUUUGCAACUUCCUCAAUUGCAUUGCAUUUGUCUUUGGAAUUACUGCUUCUUCUAGCGCCUUUAGUUGCGUCAGUAGAUUCAAAAUCAGCAUCGGCCGACUGAUGUCAUACCGACGAAAAGUUGGUGAACGUGGCUGCAGACCAUACGCGAGCGUCCUUCGCGUAGUUCACCUCUACGGUUUGUCUGACCCGUUCGUAGGCACACGCUGCUGAAAUGGCACCAACUGUUGAUCCCGCUAUCAUCGAGGCGCUGGGUCUUGACCCGGCUGCUACCAAGAUUGCAUCCCAUGGAGGAUCCGGUUUCGCAUCAACGUCCAAGCUGUCGUCUAAGGUCAACGGACAGGAUGUGAACUACUUUGUAAAAACUGGGACUGGCGCGGAUGCGGAACUGAUGUUCAAAGGAGAACAUGUUUCACUCAACGCUAUCCACUCGGCAGUCCCAAAUUUCUGCCCAAAGUCUCACGCACAUGGCUCCUUGAGAGACUCUCCCAACAUAUUCUUUCUGGUAACAGAAUUUCUCGACCUUGGGUCCUCAGAAUCAGGAGGAUCGGGCCAGUCCUUCGCUCAGAAGCUGGCUAAACUACACACUACCCCAGCCCCAAUACCAGAAGGCUUCAACACCCCGAUGUUCGGGUUCCCAGUAACUACUUGCUGCGGCUCUACCCCCCAAGACAACUCGUGGAACUCCUCAUGGUCAGACUUCUACGCCAACAACCGGCUGCGCAGCGUCCUCCACGCGGGCAUCAAAUCAAACGGCCCAGACGUCGAGCUUUCCAACGCCACCGAGAAGACUGCGAGUGUCGUCGUUCCACAUCUGCUGGGAGAGGACCGGCUUCGAGGGGUAAAGCCGGUGGUUAUCCAAGGCGAUCUAUGGAGCGGUAACCACAGCCGGGGCCGGAUCGCGGGGAAAGGGGGCGCGGAGGAGGUGGUGUAUGACCCCUCUUGCGUCUACGGCCAUUCUGAGUACGAGCUUGGGAUCAUGAAGAUGUUUGGUGGGUUUCGUAGUGAUUUCUGGAAGGAGUACGAGGAUUUGGUGCCGAAAGCUGAGCCCAAAGCUGAGUGGGAGGAUCGGGUGGCGCUCUAUGAGUUGUAUCACUAUCUAAAUCACUGGGCGCUGUUUGGUGGGGGUUACCGAAGCGGGGCGUUGGGGAUCAUGAAGAAGCUCAUUGCGAAGUAUGGCAAUGCGUGAUAGCGAUUACCCGAGUACUGAGUUGCAACGCUUCUAGAUGUAUCCUUACCAGAAAUUCUAUAUACUCAAGGCAGCGAAGGAAGCACGAGGGACUGCAGCUGUGCACGACAGAGAGCCCGGCUGAGAUGCGACGAAACAUAUAUUCAUCACAAUGAAACAUUGCUCA